AAAAACCCGCCGGUAUUCUCACCAAUGAAGCAAAAGCUAGAAGAUUUUCCUCUGUAUCUGAAAUGCUACUUAGAACGACGCCUUGCAAGCAAAUUUGCUGCAAAGAAAGACAUACCGAGACCUGCAACCCUAGCCAUACGAAGCAGCGGCGCCGCGUCGCGCAUCCUUCAUUGACCUUCCGUCAGCAACCCUCGUGUUCUCUGUUGAUUGGCUUUGGCUUCUCUAAGAUCAACACUCCGCAUUCCUUCCAGGCACCCCAGUAGCAGAAAUGAAAUCAGCCAAUUUGCCAGUGAACCAGGAUAUUCUUACCGGCCUUCCCUUUCCAGAGGGAGAAAAGGUGAGACAUGUUGGUGGAGUUGAUUUACCGGAAGAAGAUGCUGGGAAUGCCUUACAGUUCAUGCAAUUUUGUGCUACGUUUGGUGAGGUCUUCGAUGUUAACAAGAAGCAAGCUGAACUUAUUCUUCGAGACAUCUAUAAUGUGACAACUGGAUGCAAAGGAGAAUUUUCUCCGAAUGUCCAAUUUCAUAUUAACCUCCUCUCUCAUUUACUGCAGGAUCAGGGAGCAGAAUCUGUAGAAAUCAGCCCAUCGGAUGGGGAGAACUAUUGGUUUGAUGCGCUCAAGGAUUUCUUGUCCGCAUCCCAAAGUGUUCUCAAAUCACAGAGAAUUGAUUCUCUUGAGAACACAGAUGAUUACGACACUUUUACUGCUUCAGAAAAGCUCAGGCUUUUAAACAUUCUCUGUGAUGAAGCUCUUGAAACUGAAAAAGCAAGGAGCUGGAUUUUAGAAAAUAAUGCAAAACUUGCCAGCAAGGUCAAGGAAGCUAAAGAAAAAGUUAGUGCUGCAAUGGAGAAGGAGAAGCAGCUAAAGCAGAAAUCGAAAGAUGAUAUUGCCCAAGCAAUUAUUGCCAAGGGGGGUGCCCUGCUUUCAAUUUCUGAGCGUAGAGCCAUUAUUUCUGGUACCAAAUCUGAGUUGGAGCAGGCUCGGGCUGAGGUCCUCGAGUCAAAGGCCAUGCUUCCAAAGGAAACUAAAAAUUCCGACGCUGUAAGAACAGAGCCAAUACUGGUUGGCUCUGGUGGCCAUGUGUACUGGAAACUGAACUGCUUGGGGGAUUCGGAAGUGCUGCAUCAAAAUGUUGGAAAUGGUGAUUCCCUUACCUUGGACGAGCAAUGGUUCACCAUUAACGAUGAAGGGAAAGAAGCAGUUGAAAAGCAUGCGGCUUAUGCAAGCAGCAUCAAGCGAAGAAGGCCGAGGCGGAAUCUGAGGAGGAAGGAUGCUGAUUGUUCGAGCCCAGUCGACGAAUCUACCUCAGUUGCAUCUGAAGCAGAAGCAGAUGCUGAUGCAAUGGAAGUUGAAUGAUAUCAUUCAGGUGCUCUUCGAAGUUCAAAUGCUGUAGGCUUUAGGUUACAGAGUGUGUAUAUCACUGCAAGGAAUUAACAUUUUUUUUAACAGAGUUUUUUUCUUGUCCUUAAAUCAGUUUUUUUCGUUACUAAUAACAUUAUCCCGAAAGUUAACUUUACUUAUAACAUUAUUUUUUUAAUGACGUAUGUAGAUGGUGGUCCUAAAAUGUGAUAUAAUAAUGUGAUACUCCCUCCAUCUCGCAACAAGAUUUGUCA